CACGGACUAAGAUAGUCCGUGAUAUUAUCUAUAAACUUCAUGCUUACUAAAAUAAUAAAUAUUAAAACAUCAUUCAUAAAUACAUUCACACCUUUUAAAAAUUGUAGCAUUUAUAUUUUUUUCUAGUAGAAUAUAGAUGAUAUGUUUUCACUGAGAUGACAUCUGUCAAGCAUUUGCAAUUGACUCUAGCCAUCAUGAAACCUCAUGUGGUGUCCAGUCCAUUUUCCUUGCACGAUAUUAGGCGAACAAUACUGGACAAUGGUUUUUACGUUGUACGGUCAAAGCGCCAAACCAUUAAACUGGAACAGGCAGAGCAAUUUUACAGAGAACAUAAGACAAAGUUUUUUUAUAACAGACUCAUUACAUUCAUGACAAGUGGACCAUCAGAAGCAUAUAUAUUGGCCAGAGAAGAUGCAAUUUCAGUUUGGCGCCGUUUAAUGGGUCCGACUAAAGUUUUCCAAUGCCAGCUAAGUAAUCCCGAUUCUAUAAGAGCUAAACAUGGACUCACAGAUACUAGAAAUGCCACACAUGGAUCUGAUUCUGAUGAAUCAGUUCGCAAAGAAGUCAGCAUAAUGGUGCCACAAUUUUGUUUUGAUCACUGGAAACAAAUCGAAGAACCUAUGUUUAGGAAUGGAAGAGUACAGUUUAAUGAUAAACAAUUUCUUCAUUCUGCACAUGAAAGUUAGGUUAUUUUGUGGUUGAUGAUUAAAAUAAUACUAAAUUAAUAAUGAUUAUUGUUGGCUACAUAGUUAAUAGUGAUUUUAGGUAUUAUUAUUUAAACAAACCAAAUAUUAGUAAUAAUAACAAUAUUGUGUAGAAUUCUGAGUCAUAAAUAAGUAGGCAUAUUAGAUAUGAGAUUUAAUAAUAAACUAA